CCCGAUACAAGAACUACAAGACCGACGAAGCGCACGUCGACUGACUGAACGAGAAACUUGUUACUGAGAGCUGAAAUCAACGUGAUGUUUAAAAAGAAGAAGACGAACAAUUGUAAUACAACAGCAACAGGAAACAAUCUGAUACCUGAAGACAGAGAGACGAGGGGCGCAGGUUUUCAGAUUGAGGCAUUCGGUUGGAGAAGACGGAAGGUUUCCGAUCAAGUGGCUACGUUGGUCAUCAUAAACAAGUGUCUAUAUUGGUACAUUAUGUGCGAUGUCACCCUUCUCUUAGCCUGGGGUUUUGGGACUUUUAUGGCCUCACUGGGAAGCAUCCAAGAGGGAGAGUUUGACUCACGUAAUGGGAACCAUGACGGCGCAAUCGACAUUGAGGGCGCUGAGAGUUUGGUGUCGCUUCACCUCUAG